UCAUAAGUGCAUUCAGCAUGUAUCCAAAUAGAUCUGUCCUCUCAGUGAUGCUGACUUUGCACUCUUUGGAACUGCCUCAGUCAAGCAUUUACCCUGCAUUCAUAUUUGGAAUAGCAACAUACUUGACUAUAUUACUCUGCAAUCUCACAAUUGUUGUCACCAUUUGUGAAAACAGGAAUCUUCACAAACCAAUGUACAUACUGUUGCUUAACCUGCCUAUCAAUGACGCAAUGGGUGCAACAAGCUUUUUUCCUCAGCUGCUGUAUAGUAUAUGGUCUCAGGACAGAUCAGUAUCAUAUCCUGCAUGUUUGUUUCAAGGCUUUAUUAUACAUCUGUAUGGAGGUGCAUCUCAUAUCAUUCUUACCGCUAUGGCCUUUGACAGGUAUAUCGCUAUCUGCUUCCCGCUGAGAUAUGGAGCCAUUAUGACUACUAGUAACUUAGUAAGAAUCAUAACUGUGAUGUGGCUCAUUAAUUUUAUUAUUAUAUUUGUACUUUUCUGUCUUCUAAUGCCAUACAAGAUUUGCCAGACAUACAUGGCAGAUCUUGUCUGCUAUAACCCAUCUUUAAUGAAAAUCAUGUGUGAAGACACAACAGUGAACAAUAUCUAUGGAUUGUUUAUUUUAUGUUCAUACCACUGUAUUUCGCUUUCUGUUGUAGCAUUCACAUACAUUCAUAUAUUAAUUACUUGUGUUACCAAUAAGCAGUCAGAUGCAAAGAUUAAGGCACUUCAGACAUGUGGCACUCAUUUAGUGGUCUUCCUGUUCUUGGAGUUCAACACCUUUUUCCCUCUUAUUGCACAUCGGUCUGAAAAUGUUCCAGCUCACCUACGCAGGGUGUUUUCUAUAUCUGUUCUUGUAUUUCCUCCCAUUGUGAAUCCACUUAUUUAUGGGUUCAAAACCAAGGAAAUUAGACAGAAAAUUGUCAGCUAUUUUAAAAGAAAGAAAAACAGUGUGCAAUAA